GAUUCAAGGAAUUCUUCAGAUGGCUUGACGCCGGCUGUUCUCAUUUCAUCGCGAACUUUUUCUACCUAAAAAACAUAUUAAAAAACAAUGAAAAACAUCGUUCUAAGCGCUCAGAGGAUUAAAAGUUAUCAAGUCGAAGAAAAUAAAUCUGUCUUGAUUGAAAAAAAGUCUAGAAACCUGUCUAAGAACCCUGAGUAAGUUCAGUCCUGCAACUUUUUUCAGAUCUAAAACGUCCCAUUUUCCACUCCUCAACAAUUCAGCAAAGAGUUCUGGAUAUCUCGAAACGUCUUCUAAUCCUCUGGGUGUUCUGGAAGUUGAAAAAUUGUGAAACAGAGCUGGAAGUGAGGAGUUUAUAGAAGUUUACGCAGUUUAUGGCGCAGUUUGAAUGUACUUCAUCAAAAUAGUAAUUCAAUAUAGGGAGCAUACUUGUUAAUUCCAUCAAAAUCUCCCCCAACACCAAUAUAAUCAACUCCUAUGAGAUUGCGAAUGUGAUAAAUGUGUUCAGCAACGUCAGAAACACUUGCAUCUGGGCCACACUUGACAAAGUAGUUGUAGAAAGUGACCAUUACUAAUCCACCAUUGGCAGCCUGUAAGUGUACAAAGAAAACGGAUCUGUACUUUUCUAUUUCGUUCGAGAUGCUGUUGCAGUUCUGAUCUUUAUGGGAAAAGUGGAAAUUGAAUCGAAAAAAGCUUUUAAAGAAGGGCCACUCAUGUUACUUGGUGCUUUUUUCAAGUCUUCGAGCACCGGAAAUAUGUAUAUUCAAUUUUUGAUGCCUGAGAGUCCUGAAACACACGAGAAGACAGGAGCUACAACUGGUACGAGGAUCGUAUGUACAUACAUAGCAUAUAUAAAACAAAGAAAUGCUAGAGUAUUCGUACAUUACCAAUCUCCCAAUGGAAAUGACCAUAAAGAAGCUCUCGAGCAAUCUUGCGGGGUACUUGAAGUUCAUUCUCUUAGGAGCCAUAUUUUACUGCCGGCUGCAAAGAUGGGAGGAAGAAUUAAAUUCCAGUCAAUAAUUUGGGUAUCAUUGCUCAUGAUAGGAGACGUAAUAACACAAUACAGAAAUAUCAGCACGACACCAAAUAGUGAUCCGAUACAGGCUUUUCUUGCUAGAUAUCUCCAACGUCGUCUCCAGGGUAGACAGCUAUCGACUCCACCUCCACCGUCUGUGUUAUUUGCCUCGAAUCAACACCGCACGAGAACUCAUCAAGCAUCCAGACGACACAAUGAUUUGUCGACACUUUGGACGUUGGAAGAGAAUCAAGAAAAACACAAAAAAUAUCAUAGAGAUGAAUACGACGAUUACGAGCAUGAUCUUGAGGGCUUUGAGGAUAGUGACAGGAGUAGAACGAGGAUCGAUCUCCUUGCUGAUGACUGUCCCAAUUGUGUUGAUGAUCAUGCCAAUGGCCUUGGAGUUCCGCCCAGAUGGACUAUGCCUCUGUUAAAACUUGGUGAAAAACGAUAUUACUUAGGAAUUUUUUUCAAGGCUAAUUGGUACCGAGCAGCGCAAUACUGUCGAUACCAUGGAAUGCACUUAGCAAGCAUAGCAUCUCAAGAGGAAAAUGAUAGGCUUGAAAAGCACAUCAAAGAUUUUGGAUUGGGUCAUGAGCACUUCUGGACCUCAGGAACUGAUCAAGCUGAAGAAGGAACGUUCUUUUGGAUGGCUAAUGGACGACCAAUUACUUUUGAAAAUUGGAAUGUUGGUGAACCUAACAAUUUCCGAUAUGAGAAUGGUGAAGAAGAACAUUGUCUAGAAUUGUGGAAUCGAGAUGGUAAAGGACUCAAAUGGAACGAUAGUCCUUGCAGUUUCGAGACAUUUUUUGUUUGUGAAGUUCAGUGACUAUUCUGACUUGUAACUCUUAUAUUAAUAUAAGUUGUUUUUAUAUGUAAUUGUAUGUACAAGUUUUAUCACAAUACUCUAAACUUAUAUCAAUACUCUAAACUGACACCAAAGGAAAAACAAACGGUGUGCAAGAUUGAAUGAAAGGCAUGUUGAAUAUUUGAUAGAUCAAUUGUAAUAACAAUUAUUGUUAUUGAUUAAAACGUAACUUUUCAUUCAUUGAAUACCCUAGAGAUAAAUCAAGAUCACAAUAAUCAACUGUAAUUUUUUUGUUAACAACUAAUUUAAAAAAAAUAAAAGUAAUUUCUCUGUAGAUUAUUUUAUUUAAAUAUUUUUUGAUCUGAAAUGAAUUAACGAAUUUUUUUUUGCAAGAUAACAACUAGAAAUUGAAAAAAGUAUUAGAGCAUAAGAAUUAAAUAAAUAUAGAAGUAAACUUUACACCAUUUUCAAUCGACUUUUUCAAAUAAGUCAGUAAAUAAGAGCAUAAUGGAUGUAUAAAAUGCGAGUGAAUCAAAUUUUUUAUCUGUUUCAAAUCUGUUAUCUGAAUCAAAAAAAAUGAUUUUUUUAAUAAAAAUUAUCCGAGAUUGUAAAAAAAUAGAUAAACAAGAGAUAUAAAUCAACAAUAAUAUUGAUCGUGUUUUAAUUGAAUACACCAAUUAUUCAGAAUUGAACGAAAAAUAUUCAAUAUGAAUAUUCUCUGUUUGACAAAUCCAUCAUAAGCAAAGGCAGGUCGUCAUUAAUUCUGGGUAAAUUUAUGAAUAAUUUAUAGAAAACUUAAAUGAUCUUCAUAAGGUCGAAGAUAUGCAUGCAAUAUUAAUCCUUGUCUUUUAGGAUUCGACGUAAAUUAAUUCAGAA